AUGCUCGUCUCCAAGGAAGCAAGACGGACAGCCCCGGUCUUUGGAGUUAUCAUACCCAUGCCUACAGAAUUCCAUGCAUUUAAGCUGCAACUUGGCGACAAAGAAUCGUAUAAAGAGGAGGUUAUUGCCGGAAGGAAAUACUUUACCAAGCUUUUCGAAAAGUACACUCUCGUCCUGUGCGAGUGUGGAAUAGGGAAAGUCUGCAGUGGCACUGCGGCGGUAGUGCUCCUUGACCACUUCAACGCCGAUGUUAUCGUCGCAGCCGGGGUUGCGGGCGGCCUCAAGGAGGGUAUCGCUAUAGGAGAUGUUAUUGUCGUCGAUUCCGUGAUGCAACACGAUUUCAACUGCUACCCGUUUGUCCCGCGCCAUACUAUCGUCAACAUAGGCGUAGACGUCAUGCAUGCAGACAAAGCCCUCACAACAACCUUGCAAGGAAUUGCAGAGGAAUUUCUAAAGAAGAAUUACUCUACCAUUGUCCCCCCGUGUGUGCGCGAGACCCACGGUCUUUCCUGGCCACGCCUCCACGUUGGGUGUAGUAUUUCCGGCGAUAAGUUCCUUGAAAAUGUAGACGAGAAGAUGGAGCUUAUCAAAAGGAUUCCUGCAGCACUCGUUAUUGAGAUGGAGGGCGGAGCUGUGGGGCAGGUCUGCUACGAAGCGUCUAAGCCCUUUGUGUCUCUCAGGAUAGUGUCAGACCUUUGUGACGGUAAUGGUUUGGACAACUAUGAUGCAUACUGCACACACGUAGCUAGUAAGGUACUCUAUGCUAUCCUGUCCUCAUUCUUUGCGCAGGUGGCAUAG